AUGGGGAAAGCAGGAAGAGAUUGGACUCAGAUCUAUGCAAUAUACGGCAUGGAAGAUUGGCACACACCGAUUUUUCUCUUGAUCCAUGCGAUUGUCUUCUCCGCUUCAUCACUCGUAUUCCUUCUAUACUUCAACUGGAUCUGCUACACCUUCGAAUCAAUCCUCCCGUCAGUAUUUUCAACCAGUAUCGCCAGAUUCGCCGCAGGAUUCACCGGCUCCGUCACAGCUCUCUCCGCCGUCUGCCUAUUCUACGCCGCCGGCAACAUGUUCUACUCCUCCGUCGCCCUUCGCUGGGACAUGGCCCAACGCAUGGUCAGCGCCGUCCACGACUGGUCCACCGUGAAGACCGUACUCGACGUCGGCUGCGGCCGCGGCAUCCUCCUCAACGCCGUCGCAAUGCAACUUAAAAAAGAAGGCAGCUCCGGCCGAGUCGUCGGGUUAGACCGCAAAAACACGACUUUAUCAACCCUAAGGACGGCAGGAAUGGAAGGCGUACAAGAAUACGUGACCUGCCGUGAAGGAGACGCGCGUAGGCUACCAUUUCCGGACAACUACUUCGACGUGGUGGUGUCGGCGGGGUUUGUUCACAAGGUCGGGAAGGAGUUCGGGCCGAAAACAGCGGCGGCAUCGGCGGAGAGGAUGAGAGUGGUGGGGGAGGUGGUGAGGGUGUUGAAGGAAGGCGGAGUAGGGGUGGUUUGGGACAUGGUUCACGUACCGGAGUACGUUCUCCGGCUACAAGAACUGAAAAUGGAGGAGAUCAGAGUAUCGGAGCGGGUAACGGCGUUCAUGGUGAGCAGCCACAUCGUGUCGUUCCGGAAACCCAGCCAUCAGCACGUGAUGGGUCCCACUGAAGUGAGAUUGGAUUGGAGAUUCCACAAUAUCUGUUGA